CAGUUUAGUGGCGGGAGGGCGCUACUUGCGAUCGAGUGUACAAGGGGUUUGUGAACGAAAUUGGCCCACUUCGUGGACUCGGCGAAUUACUUUUCUAUUGUAUAACGCGAGGGACAAUACGCGGAAAGUGAUUCGUACAUCGAUUACAAAUUCGACAACAAUGUCGUUAAGAAAACGACAUUCUGCAUUUAUUUAAAUAUCGUCGAUGUACACUCUCGUCGCUGACCUGGAGACCGGCGACAGGAGCCAUGCCGCAGCACAACCCCUUUCAGAAGAGGUUGAUGACAAUGACAGCGACGAAACGUCAUCAUCUUGUCAGCUAGGGAACGCCGAUAGCAAGCCCAGCACCAUGGCGGCUGAGGAGGGUGCGCUGAGUGGCGGACUCGGGGCGAAAUUAAAAUGUCCGACCCCUAUAUCACGCUUGAGGGUGGAGAAGAUCGAGGGUGGCCUGAUGGUAGCUGGGGUUGUAAUAGCUGCGAACUGCCAGAUUGCUCUUCCGGCAUUCGGCUUCCUCUUUAUGCUCGUCGGCGCAGUACUCACCGGUGAUCGAACUCGACGAUGGCAAUGGAGCGUUUAUGUCACGAAGAAGAAAAAGAAGAAAAAAGAAGAAGAAGAAGGGGGGAGGAAGGGAGGAAGAAGAGGUGGCNUGGAAGAAGAAACGAAGGAAGAAAGAAGAAGGUUUGCUAACGGGCAACAGCUGGUCGUUUACUCGUUUGGCCACGGUUUCUUGGAUACAGCUGCGUCGUAUCGUGGGCCAGGGGAGGACGAGGACAAGGAUUCGUACGCGGCUAGGAUCGCAUUCACAGGAAAUUCGCGGAUCCUGGGACCUAUUUGUAUAGUCGUGGGCGCCCUUAUGCUCGCUCUAGGCGUGCUACUCUGCAUGCUCACCAGAAGGGCGAGAAGAAGGGAGCGCAGAGUCGGCUUCCAUUGCCCUCUUCACGGCGAUUUUUAUCCCGUUAGUCCUGUUCAAGGUGUCAAGAUGCUUGGAUUGUCGGGAAAGAAUGUUAGCGGCUGGUCGAAAAUUCCUUGUCUAAAAGGUCGUUCCUCGAGCAAAGGGAGCGCAUCCUCUGGCGGACACGUUGGUCCCCCGCAAUGUCCACACUCGGUGUUGAGCAGCACUCGCAGUUCAGUGAGCAGUUCACCAUUGAGCCCAUGCCCAACACCAAUGCCAUUUUUGGUCACUUCAGGCUCGGUCAGUAGCGGGAUGGUGCAAAGUGUCGGUGCUAAUUUAUCCCCGGACCAAACAUUCGGAUCGAUUCGAUCGCUGUCAGUUACGAGAGAAGUGGCCAGUUUCCCUCUGUCGAGAACGCCUACGCCGCCCCCGCAACACAGGUGGGUAAUUUUUCUCUAUUUCUCGCUCCUCCGUCUCGCUCGAUAA